UUCCCCACAAACAAAGCAACCAAAUAAAUAAUAAGUUAAAGAAAAGAAAAGAAUCAAGAUCAAUGGCAUCCAUGAAAUUGUCAUUGGUCUUGGUUCUUUUAUUGGCUUGCACUCUUUCCCUCCAAGGUGUUCUUGCUGAUAUCAUUUGUGAGAAUUUGCCUAUAAAUGUUUGUGCAUUUUCUGUCUCAUCCGUAGGAAAGAGGUGUGUGUUAGAGAACUUGAUAAAGGAUAAAAGUGAGGUGGAGUAUCAGUGCAAGACAUCAGAGGUGGUGGUCGGGAGUAGCAUGGCGGAAUACAUAGAGACCGACAAGUGCGUGAAAGCAUGCGGUGUUGAUCGAAAAUCUGUUGGCAUGUCGUCAGAUUCCUUGCUCGAGCCAACUUUCACUGCCAAACUUUGUUCCCCGGCAUGUUACCAUAAUUGCCCCAACAUUGUAGAGCUCUAUUUCAACUUGGUCGCGGGUGAAGGAGCGUACUUGCCUGACUUAUGCGAGAAGCAAAGAGUCAGCCAACGCCGUGACAUGAUUCAACUUCAGAGCGAUGGUGCGGCCACACUUGAUGCCGAGAGUGCGGCCGCACCUGAUGUUGAGUGGACCAGUCCUCGUCGUAACAUGAUUGAGGUUCGAAGUGAUAGUGCUUCACUACUUGUUGACGAGUGGACCAGUCCUCGUCGUAACAUGGUUGAACUUCAAAGUGAUAGUGCUGCCUCACCUGAUGCCGUUGCAGAUGCUCCUACACAGUGGAAGAAUUACCGUCGUGCUAUGGUUGAGCUUUUGAGCAGUGAUACACCAGCACCAUCUCCCUCUUAUUUUUAAAGGGUAUAUAUUGAUGUAUUAAUUAUAUACAAUAAUCCUGUAUUAAUUAGAUGGGGAAGGAAAGAGAUUCUUAUCAUAAUUUGGUUGAAGGUUGAGAUUUUAUCUCAACAAAAUAUCAAUAAUAUAAUAUUAUUUAUCAUUA